AUGAAAUAAUCAUCUUAAAAUUAGCAUUAGCCUCAUGCAAAUGAUUAGGAUGAUUGCAACGACUAAGAAACACAUGGUUAAAGAAAUUAAUCUAAAUAACAAUAGCAAUCACAACCUGAAAUGCAAAAACAAUCAUAGCCUUCUCAACAUUAAUAUCUUCACAAUGAUUAGUCUCAUCACCAAUAUUCGAAUCAUGGUCAUAUGGAUGGAGAUCAUGACAUUCAUCAUUCAGGCGUUGAUCACCAUGAGGGUCAUUAUAACCCUUUGUAAAUGCCUUGUAAUUGGGAAAUAGCAAAAAAACAUGCAUUAUCAAGACGAACGGCAUAAGAAAAAAAGAAGGAUCCUCUGAAAACAUUAUAAAUUGAUACAUGUCCAUGUUGCGGAUUCGAAGUAGAUAGGGAGGAUAUUCCAUAUUGUUCGGAUCCGAUGUCUUUAUCUUUCUUAGGAUCAGGUUUUACGUUAUUUUAUAAUUACUUGAAAUAUUGCAUAAUAAUCCUCUUCAUCUAGCUUUUGAUUAAGUAAUUGCACAAUUUAUACACUAACUAUAAUGGUUCAUAUUGUAGUCACAUAAAAAGAGAAAAGAUGGAAGGACAUUUUAUAGAGGAACCAUAUUGUCCAGACAGCAUUUUUCUACAAUUAUCUUUGGCAAACAAAUUAGAUAACCGAGAAGCCCUUGAAAUGAUGUAACUCCUAAAUUUCAUAAGCAUUUUCAUAAUUAUGUUUGUUCUAAUAUAUUUCAGAAAAAGCCAAAGAUAAAUCGAUACUACUAUUGAUGAAGAGCAGUUGACUCCUGCAGAUUACACCAUAUGUGUUAAGAAUAUUCCCACAGGACUGAAUGUGGAUUAUAAAUACGAACUAAAAAAUAUAUUUGAAAAUUACUCGGUUUUGGAUUCAACUAAAUAAAUUAUAGUUAGAAAAGUAGUUUUAGUUUAUGAUAUAGAAGAAAUAAUUGAACUCGAAAAGAAACUGGAUUAGUUAUUGUAAUCAAAGAAGGAUGCCAUAAAAAAGUCUAAUUUUGACUUUCAUCAUGAAAGCGUUAAAAAGAUAGAUGAAGAAAUUGAACACUUAGAACAUCAAAUCCAUAAAAUCGAAGAGGAGUAUGAAACUCAUAACACAAACUUUGCAGGAAUAGCCUUCAUAUCUUUUGAUGAUGAAUCUAUGAAACAAGUAGUUUUGUAGGAUAAUCCUCAUACCUAAUGGGAAAGAAUGAAAUCUCACAUAAAUAGAGGCCAAUUAAAGAGUCUCACAAACAAUGAUUUAUAGUGGAAGGGAUAGAAACUAUUUUUAGAACAAGCACCUGAACCAAAUGAUGUCGAUUGGGAAUUCAUUCAUAUUACUACUAGUGAGAAGAUAUUUAAAAGGCUGAGAGCAUGGGUAUAUUACAUUUUAUUUGAAAGUGCCGCCUUUUUUAUUAUAUAUUUAAUAUCUCAUCGAUUAGCUUUACUGGGCGAUGAAGCUCAUGAAGAAGAAUUGAAAGGAAAAUUGGAUGAAGAUACUAAAAGAAAAAUAAAUAUAAUGUCAUUUAGUAUUUCAAUGACUAUCGUAUUGUUCAAUAAAUUUGGAGUGGCUAAAAUUGUUCAUUAUAUUGUUGAUGAUGAAAAAAUAUCAAACAAAACGAAAUUCUAAAUAUCUUUCGUUUAUAAGUAUGCAUUAGCGUUGUUUUUGAAUGCAGCCAUUAUUAGUUUUUUAGUGGAUAUCGUUAUAUUAAAGAAUGUCAAAGGAGCAGGAGGGUUCAUCUAAAAUGAAAGCUAAAUCUUUGUACUUAAUGCAAUAUUUCCUCCAUUUAUUUGGUGCGUUGAUCCAUGGAGCCUAUGUAAGAACAUAUGGAGAAAGUAUAUCAUGUCAAAAGGUGAUAAAGCACUUUUAACUUAAUAAGAAGCCAACAAAUUAAUGGAAGAACCAGACUAUCUUUCUGCUAAACGAUAUUCGGAUGUUAUGAAAACUAUGUGGUUUACAUUUAUGUACGGUACUGCAAUACCAUUAGGCACCUUAUUUAGUGCAUUCGGAAUUCUGAUCUAUUAUUUUGUAGAUUAUUAUAACAUCCUUAGAAGAAGGACAGUUAAGGAAUCUAUAAGCAUAUAGCUCUCUACAGAAAUGAUUGAAAUGUUAGAAUAUAUUAUUGCAUGGUGCGCUUUUGGAGAAAUGAUCAUGACAUACACUUUUUUCAAAGAAGUUAGCAAAAUAGAUAUUCUACUUAUUAUUUUAGCAGUUUUAUAUUAACAAUUACCUAUGGAAGAUAUAUCUGAAUAUCUUUUUCCAGUAGAAAACAAUGAGGAAAUAAAACCAUACGCUGAAGGAAGUGCAAACUUUGAUACUGAUUAUGAUAGAGAAAAUCCGAUUACUAAGCAUAAGGCUUUAGCUGAAUGGAAUAAGAGGUAAUAAAGUGUCGAUAAUCCAAAUCCAAAGAAUUAGAAAAUCUUAGCCUAACAAGAUGAAUUUGGAUAUGCUGGAGAUGGCCAUUACGGUCGUAGGUGA